GAGGUUUUCAGACUGAGAGACUGCAAGCGACACGAUCACACACCCGCCAAUCGCAAUCCUCUGCUUUGCCAUGGCGAUAAAAGAAAAAAUCAUUUCUGACUGAUUAGCACUGGGGUUUAACAAUAGAAAAGUAUUUCUGAAUGACUAUUGGCUGGCUGGAUAUCUUCUCAUAUUCAGUUGUUCAUAUGCACCUUAGUUUGAAAGAGAAGUAGCGACUGCAGUUUAUUUUCUUUCCUUGAUUUUAUUUGUGCGACUGUGAAGAUCACUCCUCUCUGCCACACAGCAGCAACACAAGAGGCUUUCUGGGACAUGGAUUGGGAGGAAGGCAGAACCAUGGAGGGACUGUCUAUAACCCACUGGGUGAACAGCCCAGUCCGCCACCAGGCCCUGUUCCAAGGAAGGGACUUGGACGACUGUGUUGAGGACCAUGACCUGUUCGCCCUGCCCGGGCCUGCCUUCCCCGACCCUGGGGUAGUGAGGCCCGACCCUGAGGUAGUGAGGCCCGACCCCGGGGUAGUGAAGCUAGAAGGGGUCUGCGACGGUACUACCACAACCCAACCCCAGCGGACUGAGCCUGUUUACCAGGUGCUUCUGGACGUGUCCCAGUUCAGACCUGAGGAUAUCAUGAUUCAGGUGUUUGAAGGAUGGCUCUUGAUCAAGGCUCAGCAUGGAGCCAGAAUGGAUGAACACGGGUUUGUUACCCGAAGCUUCACCCGUCAGUACCCACUGCCUGAGAAACUACAGCAGGCGGGGGGUCUGAGGGCUCUGCUAUGUCAUGAUGGGAUACUGGUGGUGGAAUCCAAACAGAGAACACCUGUUAGGAUACAACACAGUGAGGAGGACCCCUAUUGA